AUGUGGAGGACUGCUACUCAGUAUAAAGAAGUAAUAAGGAGAGCUUGGAGUGCUAGUAUUCAGGGCACUACGAUAUUUAGAGUGUUAAUGAAGUUGAAAAAUGUGAAAGUAGCUUUGAGGGAGCUCAAUAAGAAUGGUUUCCAUGAUCUGCAAGCAGCAGAAGUGCAAGCUUAUAGAAGAAUGAUAGUGUUGCAAGAACAAAUGCAUCAGAAUCAGGCUGAGAAUGGUUUAACACAGAAUGCAGAGGAGGAAUUACAAGCAGUGCAGGAGUAUAAGGAGAAACAUCGAGUGUAUAUGGGAUUCUUGAAGCAGAAAGCAAAGGUGGAAUGGCUAAAAGAUGGAGAUGAAAACACCAGAUUGUUUCAUCAAUCAAUAAAAGCUAGAAGAGUACAAAAUCAAAUAUAUAGUAUAUUUGAUGAGCAAGGUACAUGUCAUGAAGAUAAUGACAAGGUGAUUGAAGCAUUUGUGGAAUAUUAUAAGAAGUUGCUGAGGAGUACUGAACAGCAUAAGACUUCUGUGCUGGCUGAAGUGGUUCAAACAAGCCCACUCUGCACUGAAGAUCAUAAGGCAAUAAUGGAGGCUCCAUAUACAGCAGAGGAGGCUGUUGAGUGCCUUCAAACUAUUCCUUCAACUUCACGCUUGAAAGCUAAUGUGCAAAAGUCUGCUUUCUAUACAUGCGGUAUCAAAGAGGAUGAUAUACAAAGAAUCAUGCAAGCUUGUGGUUUCAUGACGAGUACUCUUCCUUUUAAAUACCUUGGUGUACCUAUUUGCUCCAAGAGAAUCUCAAAAGCUCAAUGUGAUAUUAUUGUGGAGAAAAUGAUAGCUAGGAUUAGAGUUUGGAGCUUUAGGAAUUUAUCCUACAUUGCUAUAACUCAACUUAGUAACUCAGUUUUACCGAGUUUACAUAAGUAUUGGGCCCAAGUGUUCAUUCUGCCAAGAAGUGUAUUUAAUGAAGUUUCCAAGAUCUGCAGGGCUUUCUUGUGGACUGGAGAUGCAUACUCUAACAAACCAGGGGCUGUAGGGUGGGACUCACUAUGUUGGAGUAAGCAAUGUGGUGGACUUGGAUUUAGAGAUGUGCUUGCCUGGAAUAAGCUUGUUUAUGUAAGUAUGUCUGGGCCAUAG